AAGCCCUGGCGGCCCAGCGCACCUACUCGUUCUGCAGCCUCGCCUGCUGCCCGCGCCUGCAGGCGAUAGACAAGUCACGAUGCUGCCGUCCGUGUCCUCCCUCCUCGGGCUGCUGUUGCUGUUACUCCUGUGUCCAGCGCACGUCGGCGGACUGUGGUGGGCCGUGGGCAGCCCCUUGGUCAUGGACCCCACCAGCAUCUGCAGGAAGGCACGGCGACUGGCAGGGCGGCAGGCUGAGUUGUGCCAGGCUGAGCCAGAAGUGGUAGCAGAGUUAGCCCGGGGCGCCCGGCUUGGGGUGCGAGAGUGCCAGUUCCAGUUCCGCUUCCGACGUUGGAACUGCUCCAGCCACAGCAAAGCCUUUGGGCGCAUCCUGCAGCAGGACAUUAGGGAGACWGCCUUCGUUUUUGCAAUUACGGCUGCCGGCGCCAGCCACGCGGUCACACAGGCCUGUUCCAUGGGCGAGCUGCUGCAGUGUGGCUGCCAGGCCCCCCGGGGCCGGGGCCCGCCUCGGCCCUCCAGCCUGCCUGGCACCCCAGGGCCCCCUGCACCCGCAGGCUCCCCAGACGCCACCGCUGCCUGGGAGUGGGGAGGCUGUGGAGACGACGUGGACUUUGGGGAUGAGAAGUCCAGGCUCUUUAUGGAUGCCCGACACAAGCGGGGACGAGGAGACAUCCGAGCAUUGGUGCAACUACACAACAAUGAGGCAGGCCGGCUGGCCGUGCGGAGCCACACGCGCACCGAAUGCAAGUGCCACGGGCUGUCCGGCUCCUGCGCACUGCGCACCUGCUGGCAGAAGCUGCCCCCGUUCCGCGAGGUGGGAGCGCGGCUGCUGGAGCGCUUCCAYGGCGCCUCACGCGUCAUGGGCACCAACGACGGCAAGGCCCUACUGCCCGCCGUUCGCACGCUCAAGCCGCCWGGCCGCGCCGACCUCCUGUACGCCGCGGAUUCGCCAGACUUCUGUGCCCCCAACCGGCGCACCGGCUCGCCAGGCACUCGCGGCCGUGCCUGCAACAGCAGUGCCCCGGACCUCAGUGGCUGCGAUCUAUUGUGCUGCGGCCGUGGGCACCGCCAAGAGAGCGUACAGCUCGAGGAGAACUGCCUGUGCCGCUUCCACUGGUGCUGCGUGGUGCAGUGCCACCGCUGCCGCGUGCGCAAGGAGCUCAGCCUCUGCCUCUGAUCCGCUGCCCAGCUCACCAUUUACGCAGAGCCGCCUUUCUCCUUUCGGCACCRGCAGGACCUCUGGGCUCCAGUAGGGAGCGCUGUCUGAGCCCAGCCUUUCCUUGGGAAAUUUCACCUCCCAGGCUUAGGGAAAUUGGAGACAGUGGCCUGGGGUAUGCAUCCGCCCACGAAGGCCAAGUGCGCCGGACGGA